GUUUGCGAUCAUCAACAUUAUCAAUAAACAUCAUUUACACCAUCAUAUACAACAAUAUCAUCAGCAUCAUCAUCAGCAUCAACAACAACAUCAUCAGCAACAUCAUCACCACCCCUAGCAUCAGCAGAAAUAUCAACAUCAUCAUCAGCAACAGCAACAACAACAACAUCAGCAGCAUCAACAACAACAUCAUCAGCAUCAACAACAACAACAUCAGCAACACCGUCACCAUCUAGAACAGAGGGGAGGGAAGACUGCGGCCUAGUCGGCCUCGGGCCAUCCCGAGUUUUCCUAGCGGACCCGCCGCGCCCGGAGCGCCUCCCCCGGCAGGAGUCGGGAUCGAAUAACGGGCUUGGCCCGAGCGAGUUCCCGCCUUUUCACGAGUUGAUUCCGCCCCCCGCCGUGGCUUUGUCGGCACGAGGCUUCUGCGCCGGUGAGUGUCAAGGGCUCCAACGGGCCCCAAACCGCUGCCCCGUCGUCACCGCCGCCGUGGACAAAGCGCCGAUGCUCGACAUCAUGAGCUGCGUGGAGAGGGACCUUCUGGACCUCAUGUUGCGCACGGGCUACAACGUCGUCCAGGAGAACGGACAGAGGAAGCUGGGACCGCCGCCCGACUGGCAGGGCCCCCCUCCCGCCCGCGGCUGCGAGGUGUUCGUGGCGAGGAUCCCGCGCGACCUGUACGAGGACGAGCUGCUUCCCGUGCUGGAGGCGGUGGGGCAGCUGUACCAGCUGCGCCUCAUGAUGACGUACGACGGAGAGAACCGCGGCUACGCGUUCGCCACCUUCGCGACGCGCUCGCAAGCCGCGGACGCCGUCAAGAGACCCCACGACUUGGAGAUCCGCCCGGGGCGACGGAUCGCGGUUUGCGUGAGCGUCGACAAUCGCCGCCUCUUCUUGGCGAGGCUGCCGAAGGACAAGACGCGGGCCGAGGUGAUGGCGGCGAUGAGCGACGCCACGGAGGGCGUCGUGGACGUCCAGAUGCGCUUCUGUCGCUACGACAGGAGCCUCAGCCGAGGCUACGCGUUCGUCGAAUACGAGAGCCACCGCGCGGCCUGCAUGGCCCGCAGGGUGCUGCUGCCGUACUCCUUCCGGCUGUGGGGCCGGGACAUCAACGUGGACUGGGCCAUCCCGCAGCGAGAGCCGGGGGAGGAGGUGGCGGCGGUCCCAGGCCUCCCGCAGCCGGAGUGCGCCGUCUGCGGCAAGGUCCCGCACAGCCUGUUUGUGGGCUGGGCGGCGCGCACGCAGCUCUGGCGGGCACCCCGCCACUCGCGGCCCACGCCCGUCGGUCUGGACGAGCUGCCGGAGGCGGCCGUCUUGUCGUGGGAGACGCGUUUGCAGGCGCUGCUACGGAGCGCCGGCGUGGGCCACGCGACCUUCGAACUGCACGCUCACUCGGAGCCCGGCAGGCCCAUGGGCCUCCUGUACAAGGUCUCCGUUCCCGGGAUGAUGCGGGAAGGCAGCGGCUUCUUCCCCGCGGUGCUGAGCUCCAGCGUGGAGGGAGCGCGCGAAGUUGCCAGCGAGCUCCUCCACGAAAUCCUCAGCGACGCGAACCCGAGGGCGGGCCCGGCCCCCGUCGCGACGGCGCCUCCCGGCCGCCCCGUCCGGGACCUCCCGGCGUAUCCCGGCGACUUCCCCGCGCCCCGGCAGCCGGUCGCCGCGCGCCUGCCGACAAGCGGCACGCACCCGUAG